GGACUGUGGCGUGAAUUGCGGACGCAAGUAGAACAUGCAAACACCACGUGGACUGAGCGGAUUUAAAUCUAACUCUGAACCCACAGCACAGGAACGGUGAGGCACCAGUGCUACACCCUGUGUCGCCAUGCCGCACAAGCCAAAAAUACCAUUUGUGAUUUUCUUUCAGUAUGAAACCACUUUUUAGUCCAGUGUCCCUUGUUUUGUGAAACACCCAUGUCAUGCCAGGUGGGGACUCUAGUCGUCGCUAGCGCUGCACUCCGGCCUUCGACUGCGGGACGCUGAACACGGACAGCAGUUUAUCUUGCCAGCUGUUGCACUCGGUUACAUUUCCUUGUCCUCGUGUUCACUGAACGAGCGGCUCUGUUACGCACUGCCACCUGACUCAAGACCCACCCCCUCCCCUAAAACAGUUUUUUUUUUCCCUUCGCAGAUGACUGUGAGGCUGCUACCGCCCAAGUGCUCGGACGACACUUUGCUGUAAAUAGAGGAGACCCUCGCAAGUGAGCGGCCGCUUAGUGGGGUGUCCCCCUCACUCCAGUGUCUGCUGGUGAGCGAGCGUUGGCGUUAGGGGUCGAUGGAAGCAGAGUCGUCGCCACCCCCUUCCCCAGUCCCUGCCCCAGGCCCCUCCGCUCCGCACUCCUGCCCAGGGUGCCAGGUAGGGGAACCGGCGGUGCUGCCCUGCGGGCACAGCCUGUGUGCUGACUGCCUUCAGCUGUGCCAACGGGAGAUGGGCUUGCCGGGCUGCACCGUGUGCUACGGCCGCGGGGUGUUGGACGAUGUCCUGCACGGGUUGCUUGAUGCCCUCUUCAAGGGGCAGCCGCGGCGGGAUGCCUCCGUAGCCGGGUCAACGGAGGGGAGGGACCCAGGGGGGCUCUGCGGUCGACACGGGGAGCCGCUCGCCCUGUUCUGUGAGGAUGAUGAGGAGCUCGUCUGUGACAGCUGUAAGGAGGAGGAACACAAAGAGCACCAGUGUUGCCCUCUGGAGGAAGCCAUGCAGGACUCCAAGAAGGAGCUCCGGAAUGCCCUGAAACCCCUGAGGGAGAAGCUCCAAGGCCUCAGUACAGCUAAGCAGAACUUCGACGAGAUGGCCGAGCACAUCAAGCACCAGGCACGGCAGGCUGAGAAGCUGAUCAAGGAGGAAUUUGAGAAGCUCCACCGGUUCCUGCGCAACGAGGAGGCGUCGUUGGUGGCAGCACUCAAGGAGGAAGUGCAGCAGAAGAGCCAGAAGAUGCAGGAGAGCAUCGAGAAGGCGACCAGUCAAGUCAGCUCUCUUUCAGAGACCAUUAAACAGAUCGAGGAGGACAUGGCUGCUGAUGAGAUCUUGUUCUUGCGGAACUUCAAGACAACCAUGCAAAGGACAAAAUGCACCCCACAGGAGCCAGAGAUGGAAACAGAAGCCCUGGUUGACGUGCCCAAGCACCUAGGCAUUCUGAAGUUCAGAAUCUGGGAGAAGAUGCAGGGGAUUGUCCAAUACACCCCCGUGAUGCUGGACCCCAACACGGCAGAUGUGUGCCUCUUUGUGUCCGAUGACCUGACCAGCGUGAGGUACCUGGAAGAGGACCAAUCCCUCCCUGACAACCCGGAGCGCUUCAGCUGCUGUGAGUGUGUGCUGGGCUCCGAGGUGAUUGACUCAGGUCGGCACGACUGGGAUGUGGAGGUAGGGGACAACACGGAAUGGGUCCUAGGUGUGGUCAAAGAGACCAUAAACAGGAAGGAAUGGUUCCCACCAAGCCCAGAGCGAGGCAUGUGGACCAUUGGCUUAUCCGGAGGGGAGUACAAGGCACGGACCCCAGUCGCAACUUCUCUGGUGUUGAAGAAGAAGCCGCAGAAGAUCCGCGUGCAAGUGGACUGGGACCGUGGUCGGGUCACCUUCUCUGACGUCAGCGACAACACUGUCCUUUACAAGUUCAGGCACAGGUUCACCGAGGGGGUGUUCCCGUACUUCUCCAGCACCUGCAAGCGCCACCCACUGCGCAUCCUGCCUGGGAGGAUUUCUGUCACGGCAGAAUAGCACACUGCUACCAAAGCCAUGUGGAAGGGAAAGGGAGCCCUGAUGACGGGGCGCAGCUGAGCUGCAACCAUAGGACAGCAAUUUGGAGCGACGCUCAGCCAUGGAAGCUUCGGUCUCAGCUUGCCAUGUCAUGUUAAUCCCUCUCAGUUGUUUUGUUUUAUUUUUAGAGGGGUAUCGCAUUGCAAAUUCCUCUUCCGUAAGUCUGGUCUGAUCUGGCAGAAGCUGAGAUGCAUAUCGAAGCUUCUGAUAGGCAAGAGAGUGACGAAAAGUCAUUGGCGUUCGCAGGCCAUCAGUAAUUGGAGUUCGUCGUAGGCCAUCGGUCAUUGAUGUUUGUAGGUCCUCAGCACUUUCUCUCAAAUCAAACGCUCACAAAGAGGGUAAAUGCUUAUAGAAUUUUUUAAAUGGACAUUUAAAAAAACUUACUUACUUACUUACUUACUUACUUACUUUAAAGUUUUGUAACGCUAAAUCAUGGGACUGAUGGGAAGGGUCAACGAAAGAAACUUUCUUAGGAAAUUCCCUAAAAUGCUUCACGUAUGUUUUUGAAAUGUAAGUUGCAUUAAAUUCCUUUCUCAGAAUCCCCUUUUCUCUCAUUUUUUCUGCUUUUCACAUUUUUUCCCUCUUUCGUGGUCCCUAAAAAUUUUGUAGGCCCGAGGCACUUGGAUGCCUACAGCGCCGAACAGAAAUUCCGGCUAUGUCAAUGAUCUAUCUCUAGAAAUUGUACUUUCAAUAGCGUCUGAGCAGCUGUGGAAAAACUUUCUUUUGUGUUUUUCUCUUUUUUCAAGUAUUCUGGAUUGUUUUGGUUUUUACCUGCACUUAGAUUAACGGAAAUGCGCUCAUGUAAGGUGUGCUUGUUUUACGUUUAACAUUUAAUAAAGGCAAAU